AAAAGGACGCCUGAUCGAAAGGACUAAACAGUUGCGUUUGCAUCGUGCUUUGGAUUUGUGAAGUCAUAGGAAUUCGAAAGAAGUGCGAGAAUUUUAUCAUUCAUAAUUUAAUAGUUUACUUUCCGUAAAACAUGUCUCGGGUUGUUCGUGGACCAGCUGGAAAUAAUGAAUGUAGGAUAUAUGUAGGUAAUUUACCUCCAGAUAUCCGUGAAAAGGACAUUGAAGAUAUUUUCUACAAAUUCGGAGACAUCGCAGAUAUUGAUCUGAAGAACAAAAGGGGCCCACCAUUUGCAUUUGUCGAAUUUCUUGAUAAGCGGGAUGCUGAAGAUGCGGUGAAUGCUAGAAAUCGAUACGACUAUGAUGGCUAUCGACUCCGUGUAGAAUAUCCAAGAGCAAGUAGGGGAGGUGGUGGAGGCGGUGGUGGAAGUUUUGGAGGACGGGGUGGUGGUGGUUUUGAUGGUGGAAUGAGGGGAGGUGACGGAGGUAGAGAUGGUGGAAGAGGAAGAGGUCCCCCUGCAAGACGGUCAAAGUUCAGGGUUUUGGUUUCUGGUCUUCCAUCAAGCGGUAGCUGGCAAGACCUAAAGGAUCAUAUGCGUGAAGCUGGUGAUGUUUGUUUCGCAGACGUGUUUCGUGAUGGAACUGGUGUUGUGGAGUUUGUACGAGAAGAGGACAUGAAGUAUGCCGCCAGAGAAUUGAACGAUACAAGGUUUCGAUCUCAUGAGGGUGAAACAUCGUACAUUAAAGUAAAAGCUGAUGCACCACUUUCUAGAGGGCGCUACAGCAGGAGUAGGUCGCGAAGCUUUUCUCCUAAACGGCAACGUUCGUCCCCUCAAUAUGCUCCUCACCGAUCAAGAUCAAGCUCGCAUUCAUCAUCGAGUUCCCGGCGUUAAUCUGCAGCUGUUUGUGUAUUGCCUCUACACACAAGUCUCAGCUUUCCAACAGAUGCAACGAAUGAAGCCAUUAAGCACUACGUAUGUGGCUCUUUUAUUAGAAUCUUGUUUGUACUAUCCCAUGAGGCAUACAAACAUAGUUAGCCAUUGAUUUAAAAUAUUGUACAAAAAUGUGUUGUUGUUAGUUAAUCUGUUGAAAUUUAACAAGUUAAUGUUAGGAUAGCUUUUGGAAUUGUAACUAAUAGAUAUUCAGCAUAAUCAUUAGUAUUUUCCAGCAUUAUAAUUGAUGCAAACAAAUAUUGAUAUUCAUUUUUUAGUCUUACUAUAACUGUAAUUGGAAAAAUAUACAAGUGUAUUUUGAGGAGUAUAAGGAAACUUUUCCAUUAUUUUUGUGAUACUGUCCGUGGUGAAUGAUAUUUAACAGUCUUGUUUGUUUAGAUGAGUUGUUUAGGUAAAUGAUUCUACCUACAGGUUAUCCUCCCAUUGUCUUUUGUAUGUAUGUAUUUUAGUCGUGGAUCGUCAGAGUACCACAAAGAAUUCAUCUUUUGUAAUGGGAGAGGAAUCAUCUCCUGUUAUAGAAUGAAUCAUGUUUUAUAGCCGUAUAAAUUGAAGUGGGAAGUAUUUUUCAAAGAGUGGUAUGAAUGGAGUUGGUUUUUAUUCAUCAAUUGUUGGUGUGAUUUCUGUAAAUGUUCAUUGUAAUUCUAACUCAGCUUAUUGUUUUAGUGAAACUUGGCUCUACAGUAUUUGAAAAUAUUGACAUUUGGAAUAUAUUAACUUGACAAUAAAGUGUAAGCUUCUGUACAGUAUGGGUAUGAAAUAGUUGACUUGGUACAGUUUGUAAAUUCAAAAUGAAAUCGGGUAACUGUCUUGAAUUUUAUCAAAAUUGCUAUAAUCCUGAUAUUAUAAUCCAGUAGAUAAAUUUGGUUAUUCAUUUUUGUAUCGUUAAAAUUAACAGUGUUUCUAUUAUUUUCAUUGUCUGUUUAGAUCAAUGGUAAGCAUACACAAAGGACCAAAAGGACCUGCAAAGGAUUUCAUUUGAUAUAUAGAAAGGGAUUAACAGAGAUUAAGGAAAUCAUUAUUGUUAACCACCUCGGGAAUCAUUUGCAAAGGAAUCAAAUGGCACAAACCCCAUAUUUAAGGAUCCUCCUGUUGAAGGGAAAGAUGAGACCCAUUUGGAUCAGGAUUAACCAAAUUAUCCACUAGGAUUACAAGGAAAUUCAGGAACAAGGAAAUCUCAAUACAUUCAGGAUUUGGAUUAAGGAUCAUCUUACCCCUUGUAGGAAUGUUGAGGAUGCCAUAAAACACAUGAAAGAGGAUCAGUUGGGAUUUGUGUAAAGGAAACCUCAAAUCAUGGGAGGAUUAAAAAGAUAAUCCAAAUAAGUGUGGAUCAUUUGGAUACAGGGUGCCUGAAAUGUGGAAUCCACACUGCUUUAAAAAAAAAGGCCCCGUUUUAAAUUAAACAAUCAGGAUGUUUAAAGAAUAUCAAUUUUAAUUUGGAAAAUAUUUCCUUAGUCCUCUAUGGAUUACAAUUGAUGCAAUUCACACAAUUUGCUUUCAGAUUUAAUGAGGAUCAAUAAAUUUGGAAACAACCCAAUUCAAUUGAUUUCUAGUGCCCAUAACAAAAUUAAGAUCGCAUUCUUUUAAAAUAUCUCAAUAUUUCAGGGAAGUGGGUAAAAAUGAAAAAUUAUUCUGGUUAAGUAUAGUGUUAUAUUUCCCAAAAAAACCUUUUUACAGGAUGCUCCUGAAAAUUUUAAGAGGAAAGCGAGGGACAGCUUUGAAAGGCAGGAUACUUUCAAAUCCAGGAAAGGGAUACUUUCAAAAAAGCAUUUCAGAAAGGAAAUCUCAAAUUGCUCUAGGAUCAACCUCACAGGAGGGCUUCAUUUCCAUCAUUCAGGAUUUGCAUUCAGGAAUACAUCUCCUGUGGGAAUUCACAUUAGGAUAAAUGGAAAUGCUGCAAUUGAGAAUAAGUAUCAUUUUGAACUGUAUGGUUCUUGCACACACAGAUUUAAUCACAUGACAUGUUAGUCUUCUGUCUGUUCCAGACUACCAUUUUUUAAAGUGUUGAGUGUUCUCUGUUUCGUUUGUUCAAACCAAAAUAAAAUUUUAUUUUGCGCAACCAUAUAUCAAGGGGGAAGAAACACUAAACAAUAAAAACUAGAUUUGUUUAUUCAAUAAACAAAUACUGUAAAUGUAUUUUUACAUUUGUCAUCAGCAUUUUAUUUUUUUUUUUGUUUCUAACCGUAUUUCUUUAUAAUUGAGCACUCUAUUGCAUCGCUCAAUUGCAUGUCCAAAUUUGCAUGAUUUAUUGAGCAACAUCAUUUCUUGUAUCACAAUGUAUGUUGAUUUUUUUCUUCACAGCUUAGGCAGUGCAUUGCAGUCACAUGCUCAAUGUACUGUAAAUUAAUAUAUUAAAUAACAUGAAUGUAGAUGUUUCCACUACAGAAAUGUUUUCUGAUUUAAAUUGUUUAACCAUGAGUUUCUUCCAGGUCUUGUACAGUAGACGGUUUUCAACUUGUUUCUGUGGAUUGUUGCAAGGAUAUGACACUCAACAUACAAGACUAAUAAAACGAAUACGUAUAUAAAUUUUAAUAAAAGUGCACAUUGAAUUAAAGGUAUUUUUACACAUGUUA